AUGCAGCUGGUACUCAUCGCCACCCUGUUCGGCUUCGCCGCUUCGGCGUUCGCCCCCACCUACUCUGGACAGUCCAGCCGACCUCAGGCGGAAUACGAAAGAAAUGCCCGUAUCCUCGCCUACGACUCUGACGUCAAGGAGAACUCGUACAAGUUCAAUUAUGAGACAGAAAACGGGAUCAAGGCUGAGGAGCAGGGACAAGAGGUUGAAGGCAUCGAGGCUCAGGGUGGCUUCCAGUACACCGGUGACGACGGCCAGGUCUACUCCGUCAGGUACUCAGCCGGCCAGGCAGGAUUCCUGCCUCAGGGCGCUCACCUCCCAACCGCACCCCCAAUCCCUGAGGAAAUCCUGAAGGCUUUGGAACAGAACGCCGCUGAUGAAGCCGCCGGAAUCAUUGACGACGGUCAGUACAACCCCGGCAAGUACGGCGGUGGUAACGCCGUUGCACAGCAGUACCGCCCCCAGGGCUCCGGAUUCCGACAGCCCUACAAGUUC